AUGCGUAAUCCUCCGGUUUUGUCUGCUCCAGAGCCGAAUGAGAAACUCUUUCUGUAUCUUGGGGUAUCCAGUAUAGCAACUAGUGCCGUUCUGAUCCGUUGCAAAGAGGGCAAGCAGUUCCCGGUGUUUUAUGUUAGCAAAACAAUGUCUGAACCGGAAAGAAGGUACUCUAGGGCCGAACGAAUGAUCUUGUCACUGGUCAACGCAAAAAGGAAGCUUAGACAUUACUUUGAAUCUCAUCCAAUCGUUGUUUUAACAACUUUCCCUUUGAGAAUAAUCCUGCAAAAACCGGACCUAUCGGGGAGAAUGACCAAGUGGGCCAUUGAAUUGAGUUCAUUUGAUAUUGCAUACGAGCCCAGGACGGCAAUCAAAGGUCAAGUGGUGGCGGAUUUCCUACUUGAAUGUGAUGCUAAAGAUGUGGUGGAGGAUUAUAGUUGUUCCUGGUGGAAGCUCUUUGUAGACAGCUCCUCGAAUCAAAUGGGGGCCGGGAUUGGAAUUCAAUUGCGAACACCAAAAGGAACUACGCUGAGCCAAGCAAUAAGACUAGAGUUCAACGCAACCAACAAUGAAGCAGAAUACGAGGCGUUGAUAGCUGGGCUGAAUGAUUCACAACUAGUCAUUCGACAAGUCAAUGGGGACUAUGGGGCCAAGGGUAAGACCAUGGAAGCAUACCGAACUGCGGUUCUGCGUGAGGCGAAAGGCUUUGAUCAGAUCAGGGUCAUCCCGGUCGACAUACUGAUCCAACCUUCCAUUUUUGAAGAGCUGCCUAAUCCGACCACUCAACAUGUUAAUGUUAUACCAUAUGAGCCGAGCUGGAUUGAUCCAAUCAUGGCUUUCAUACGUAAUGAUGCACUCCCCGAGCGUAAGGACGAGGCAAGAAAAAUUAGGUCCAACGCGGCAAAGUAUGCCAUUGUGCGUGAUCAGUUGUAUAGACGCUCCUUCUCGGGUCCAUAUGUGAAGUGUGUUACCCCAGCAGAAGCUAGACAGAUUAUACGAACCAUUCACGAGAGAGUAUGCGAAAAUCAUUCAGGAGGAAGAUCUUUAGCACACAAAGCAAUAACACAGGGGUACUUCUAG